UUUUUUUUUUUUUUUUUUUUAAUAAACGUUUAGCUUAUUGAAAGUGAUUUAAGACCUUUUUUAUUCUGGUAAUUGUUAUAUUGAAGUCUUGUUCAUCUUUAUGGUUGCCAAAGAUUCAACAGAAUUCAUUUUUUGCCACCUCUUGAGGAAGCAGCAAUGAAAUGAAAGCAAGAUGCAAAACGUACACAAAGCUGGUUGUCUGCUGAUCGAGUCAGCUUACUCUUUCACGUUAUAUCUGAAGAAUUUAAUCCCACCAUAUCUCAAAGCAGUUUAUAGCAAAAGUAAACUUCUUGACAAGGUGUUGCCACUCUUGAAUGAAUGGAAAUCGGUUAUUCUAAAACCGAAAUUUGUGGUAUAUUCGGAUCUUAGUUCUCCAAAUUCGAUGGUCACAGGAAUCAGACCCACAUUGUUAAGUGAAAUUAAUGGGCAAUUUUAUCAAAUCAAAGAUAUCAGAGAUGAUACUGACUGUAAGAUGCCAAAAGGGGUGGGGCGAGCUCCGGGUCUCUUUUUCUAGCUGAGCCUUUGACUGUAAAUCAUUCAUUUUCUUUUGAGGAAACUUAAAAGACAGGAGACUAGUAUCAGAAGAACCUUCAUAUAACAGAGGAGCUUUUUUUUCAAGCUCAAAAGUGCAACAAAAGAUGUUGUUGGUCAAUCCUAUGUGGUGGCUAUAGGUUACCCUUUUGGUUGCAGGACUUGUUUGAAUAUGAGAGAAUCUUUGCUUCUGUGUAGGAUUAGCAGUGUGUUUGUCUCUCUGUAACUUUUUUUUUGUCGUCUUUUGUCUCUCUAUAACUAACUUAUCCUCAGGUUGUUUUAGGAGGUUAGUGUGUUUGUUUAAACACUAGCUGUACUCUUCCAUAAUAAAUGCA